CAGCGCCUAAGCCCCACCCCUUCCUGCCGCGACUCCUAGCACGCAUAUCGGCUCCGGGCACGUCGCCUAUACGCGCGGUUGCACGCGUGUUGCGUGGUGACGUCGUGGCGGCACGGGCGCCAUCCCGGAAGCGCGAGCAAGGCCGCCAGAUGUGCAGGCAGCGGAGGAGGAGGAAGAGAUGGACCCUCCGGACUCGGCCUCGAGGGUCUUCUGCAGCCGCAUCCUAAGCAUGGUGAAUACAGACGACGUCAAUGCUAUCAUCCUGGCUCAGAAGAACAUGCUGGACCGCUUUGAGAAGACCAAUGAGAUGCUGUUGAAUUUCAACAACCUGUCAAGCGCCCGCCUGCAGCAAAUGAGCGAGCGCUUCCUGCACCACACAAGGACCCUGGUGGAGAUGAAGCGGGACCUGGACAGCAUCUUCCGCAGGAUCAGGACGCUGAAAGGGAAGCUGGCCAGGCAGCACCCGGAGGCCUUCAGCCACAUCCCAGAAGCAUCCCUCCUGGAGGACGAGGAUGAAGAUCCCAUACCACCCAGCACCACGACCACCAUUGCCACCUCAGAACAGAGCACGGGCUCGUGUGACACCAGCCCUGACACUGUCUCACCCUCCCUCAGUCCUGGCUUCGAGGACCUUUCCCAUGUCCGGUCCAGCUCUCCUGCCAUCAAUGGCCGCAGCCAGACGGACGAUGAGGAGACACCGGGGGAGUAACCCUACUCCCUGGCGCCCCGAGGGGUCUCAGGGAAGUGGCAGCUCUCCCCAGGUGUCUGAGGUGGCAGUAGGUAACCCUGCCUGGAGAUCAACAGCUUUGCCACCCUGUUUUGUCACCCAGGGCUCCUGGGGGACAAGACUCCCUCCAGGGGUGUGGAGUUCCUGGGGGGGGUCUAUCAUUCCCAAUUCCUCCUCACUGAGAACAUCUGUCUUCUGCAGACCCCUCUGCCAAGGCCAGGGGAUGACCAGCUCAGCUGGAGUUAUGGGCUGGGCAUAAGGGAGCUUUUCCAGAGCCAGGCUUGAGGUCUGCUCUAAACAUUUAAAGGCUCCCAGAGACCAGAGCCAGAAGGCCCCUGCCCCGAUGCCCUGGUCAAGACCACCUCAAAGUGGAUCAGCACUGUCAUGUCUCAGUUCACCCCAACCCGUCCCUGUACCUACUAAUUCUGGUCUCCCUGCCCUUUCCUCCAACAAAAGUAUUGAAUGCUAUCUCCAGUUGGUAUGUCAAGGAGGCUUCUGAGACAGUUGUAGAAGGCUCAAGAUGGAGGUGGGCCAUUCAGCUGCAAGCCUGAUGAGGUCUGUGUUUCUCUGGCCAGAGGUGCAAACCCUCAGGGCCCAGCAGGCCUCUCCCAGGACCUCCAUGGAGCAAGCUGAGCCACCUUGGAAAACAGAGUUAAACGGAAUAUUUUUGUACCCGAUGUUUACAGAUGCUGUUGGGAAGUUAUCAAUAAAAAGACUCUGUUACUAAAAAGGGAAGGGUGUACUUAGCGGUGGCUUCCUUCCAUCCUUGGGCCCAGGAUGCCAUGAGGGGGAUAAGUGCAGGACGUGAGACAGGAGGGGUAUAUGGACGGCCAGGCACCACUGAGGUAGAGACGUGGCUGCUCUUGGUGGCAGUCUCCAGUGGUAGCAACCGUAAUAACCCAAGUUCCUAUCACUACCUAUGUACUCACGUGCCGGUUCCCUUUUGUCUGAGUAACUUCUCCAGAUCGGUCUCAGGAUGGACUCCUCAGGGAGGCAGGCCGGGUCCCUUUCCCCAUGAGACACUGUGUAGAGUUCCCUGUAGAGUUCUUUUAAGCACUUAAAAAUUACGUUAUUAAAGACAUCUUCCUAGAUCCAA